AUACGGUUUUAUGAUCAGGAAGCCGGAUUCUGUCUCUGGCGGCAGUUCCGAGCCCUGCCGCCUCGGGCCCUGCCUGGGAGCGCCUUUCUUUCUCAGCUGCUGCCGUCAGAGCGAGAGGGAGGCGGCCCUGGCGGCGAGCAGAGCAGGUUCUCCUGUCACUAUUUGUAGCAGCAGCGCACCAGAACUGGCUCGGCUUGAAUGAAGCGAGACCGCGCCCGGGAGCGGCGCCUCGACCAGGAAGUGGCUGCCGAGGCUGCCAGGAAACGGUGCCUCCGCCCCGGAGCGCCAGGGAGCUGUAGAGGUGAGGAGACGGUCGUCGUCGUCUUCCCUUCAGGAAGAAGAAUCAGCCACUCAUAGUGAUGGUCAGUGACACUAAAAGAGAAAUGUAAAGGACAUUAAUCAAUGUGACAGUUGGUUCUGUUGAAAACCUGGAACCAAUACCUGAAGCACCUGAAUAAUUAAUAUCUGAAACUGAUACUCAAGUAAAUGGCUGAACUUCCACCUGGGAUUCGCUUGAUCACUUUAUUUACAAGAGACCAGUGGUACAGGGCUCUCACAUUUGUCCUGACUUUUAUGCUGUAUGCUAGUUUCCACUUAUCAAGGAAACCAAUCAGUAUAGUUAAGGGAGAACUACAUAAGCACUGCAAUACUCCACAAGUUGUUGAGCAUAACACCUACAAAGAAUAUGCCAUCCAGAUUCAGCCUGUUAAAAAAAUUGCUAAUGAGUCACGCUGUGGUUGGGAGCCAUUUGAUAAGAGCAACUACAAACAGUUGUUGGGAGCCCUGGAUUAUUCAUUCCUAUGUGCUUAUGCAGUUGGGAUGUACCUGAGUGGCAUAAUAGGUGAACGUUUGCCUAUCCGGUAUUAUCUCACUGGAGGGAUGUUUGCCAGCGGACUCUUCACUGCCAUGUUUGGAUUUGGUUACUUCUAUAAUAUACACAGCCUGUGGUUCUACAUCGUGGCUCAGAUGGCUAAUGGAUUGGUGCAAACUACUGGCUGGCCCAGUGUGGUUACCUGCAUUGGCAACUGGUUUGGGAAAGGAAGGAGAGGAUUGAUCAUGGGAUUAUGGAACUCGCACACUUCAGUGGGGAAUAUUUUGGGGUCCCUAAUAGCUGGCUAUUGGGUGUCUACCUCCUGGGGUUUGUCCUUUGUGGUGCCUGGCGUUAUAAUAGCUUCAAUGGGGAUUGUCUGCUUCCUGUUUCUUAUUGAACAUCCUAGGGAUGCAAACUGUACAAGUUCAUCAUCCAGUAAUUCAAAAAGUUACAUGAAUGGGCCAGAUAGAUACACCAUUCAGAAACCAGAAUUAAGCGCUAAGAAAACAAGCUUAUCUUGGGAUCCAGAGAAGCACUGCUUGCUCCCUGACAAUGAGAAGUGCAACAAGUCACUGAAUCAUAACAAUGGAGGCUGUGAGGAAACUGAAAACAGGAAGUCUGCUAUAAGUUUUUCUGGAGCUUUGCGAAUACCUGGAGUUGUAGAAUUCUCUCUCUGCCUGUUAUUUGCCAAACUGGUCAGCUACACUUUUCUUUUCUGGCUUCCAUUGUACAUCACAAAUGUAGAACAUAUUGAUGCUAAACGAGCAGGCGAUCUAUCCACACUAUUUGAUGUUGGAGGAAUCUUUGGUGGAAUUUUGGCAGGCAUAAUAUCAGACAGACUGAAGAAAAGAGCUACAACUUGUGGCAUGAUGCUUUUGAUUGCAGCACCCACGCUAUACCUAUUUUCAGCAAUCAGUAAAAUGGGCUUUGAGGCCACCAUAGUUAUGCUGCUCAUCAGUGGAGCUCUUGUAAAUGGCCCUUAUGCGUUGAUCACAACAGCUGUCUCAGCUGACUUGGGUACCCAUAAAAGUCUCAAGGGAAAUGCAAAAGCACUCUCCACUGUUACAGCUAUCAUUGAUGGAACAGGUUCAGUAGGUGCUGCUCUGGGACCUUUGUUAGCUGGUCUCCUCUCUCCUUCUGGUUGGAACAAUGUGUUUUAUAUGCUGAUGAUAGCAGAUGCUUGUGCCUUGCUAUUCUUGCUCCGCCUUAUACGAAAUGAACUUCGAUGUAGUCUGGAUCGCACCCUGUUUAAAGAACACUGAAUUUCCGGAAACAAGUAAAUUAAAAUGAUUGUUUUUUUGAAGACUUUGACUGUGUUCCAGAGAACCUAUUUAUGACCCACUACCAAGAAGGAGGCUGCUGUGCUUGAAAAUGAAGUAGGAGUGGGGAAUCCCAGUUGCACAUAUUUCUCUGGAUCCUGGUCUUUGUGGAUUUUUUGUUGCUGAUUUUUUGUUGCAUUUUAGCUGCAUUUUCUGAACAGAUUUGCACGAUUAUGGGAAGAAGGUUUCAAAAUUCAUCUCCGCUCCUCCCUCUUUAUUUUGCACAUGUACCAAUAUCUCAGGAAGGAGAGUGUCCUCAAAGAAAGGAGCUAUUAACUGUUUUAUGGACUAACUGAGCCAAAGAAAAUGCGCCUUGAUACUGAUUUUGUCUUAAGUAAGUUUUAUGUUACAUGAUUGGUUUCAUUUAAAAAAAAAAGAAUGCAAACAGAUCUAAAGGAAAUGGAGCUAACUUUAGAUGCUUGUUUGCAGUGUGCUAAGAAGAAUUAGCAAAACAUUGAACAAAGUGUCCUUCAUGUUAUGUCUGAUCUUGCUAAGAAUGGCUGUUGCUGGGUAUCUGAUAUUUAUUCUGUUAUAAGAAAGCAGGUUGUCCUAUUAUCCAGCAUAAUCAACUAACUUUUCAUACUGUACAGUUUCAAAACGAUGUUAUUCUGUAUCUAAUGGGUUGGAACCUGAAGUGCCACGUAUAUAUGGUGGUUACUCUGCAAUUGUCCAGUCCCCUGCUUCUGAACCUAAUCUCAUGGAGUCAAUAACUGGAGAACAGUACCCUUUCCUAUUAUUAUUUAUUUAAUAAGCAGUACCAUCUAGACUUCUGGGUAACGCUGAUUAAAAAGAAGGGUCACUAGCCAAUCCAGUUAUGGCAGGCCUUGUCUUAUAAGGCUUUAAAAAAAAAUUUGUUGAGGGUGUUAUCAUAAGAAGCACAAGCAGUGUAGCAUCUUUGGUCUCCUCUAAAAUUGCUGGUCAAAUUUGGUGGCCAAUGAUUGGUUUGGAGAGUUAAGAUUGCUUUGGAUCAACCAUUCCAGAGUGCUCACUCUUAACUGUACAAGCCAGGAUUUCCCCCUUCAUUUUGUAUAUGCAGAAAAUAAUGUUGCUUGAGGCCUUAGUCACUCAACAAUUGGGACCAAAACAUUCUGCUGAGUAUUUUCAUUAUGACAAUUGGAAUAGUCGCAAUAUUUUCUACAGCGUAAAAGUCUCAAUUUGUAUACAAAUUGCAUAUUUAAAAAUAAUUUAGAUAAGAAAGGAAGAAAGAAAAACACGUAUAUUUUAUCCCAAAAAAGCACAAGUGUUAACUGUUUGUUGUAGUACUUUCCCCCCGUUCAUCCUUUUAAAUUCCAGAGAAUUUGAAGUCUGUCUCUGGUCUGCAAAGAUGUAUAAUAGAACUAUUUUAUUUAAAAAGGGACUCAUAUUACAUGCUGUUCAAUUGUUUUAGUAUUUUUCAAUAUGUAUACUGCUACUGAUGUAUUUAUUAAAGUUCAAAAUCCAGUUUU